AUGGCUGCCACCGCUAAACGCCCCGAAAUUAUUGAACUUUCACGCGGUCUGCGCGGUAUUCCGCAAUGCGAGGACUACGAGCCCAUGAUCUCGGGGAUGAUGUACAACCCUAACAAGCCGGAGCUGUUAGAGGCACGGCAUCUGUGCCGCGGGCUGGCUGCAGACUACAACACCCUCGACACAAAGACGGUGCCCUACGACAAGGUCUUUGAGACACGACUAGAGCUGCUCAGGAAACUUGUUGGAAAAGUUGGCGAGGGCACAUUCGUCGAGCCCCCGUUUCUGCCUGACUACGGCUGCAAUAUCAUAAUCGGAAGCAACUGCUUCAUCAACUGGAACUUCACUGUCCUAGAUACAAGCCUCGUCGUCAUCGGCGACCGUGUCCAGAUCGGUACUGGAGUGAGCAUUUUCAGCGCCGGGCAUGACACAAGCGUGCUCUCGCGCCAGAAGUUCGUAGAGUUCGGGCACCCGGUUUUCAUCGAGGACGACUGCUGGAUUGGAGGCAAUGUUGUGAUUCUCCCAGGGGUCCGUAUUGGCAGGGGCUCGACAGUCGGGGCUGGAUCCAUCGUUACCAAGGAUAUCCCAGCCUACUCGGUUGCGGUGGGGAGUCCUGCCCGGGUGAAAAAGAGUAUUCAGUCGGUGGAAGAGGAGGAGAAGGACCCGAAUAACCCUUACCGGAACUUGGUUCGCGAAGACCGGUAA